CCCCUCUCGCCGAGCCUCGGGGCGCGCCAUGCGUCCGCCGGCCGCCCGCGCCGCCUUCGCCGCCUGGGACAGGGGCUCGCCCGUCUGCGGCUUCGCUGGCCGCGGGCCAUGGGGUGCUGCGAGUCCCCUCACGCCAGGGGUUCGCUGUCCGAACACCUCGCCACGGACCACCUGUUCGGGAGGCCCUACGCGGGUGCCGCGUACCGGGCCGGGACGGACAGGUCGUCGCAGGCCUCGACCCUGGAGCACGUACCCUCCGGCAUCCGCGUGUGCGAGGAGGCGCUGGACUUGCGGGCUGCCGCCCCCGGCGAACCGACGCUGGUGCUCUACCACUACUCAACCUGCGCGGCGCUGGCCGUGGUUACCGCGGCGGACAUGGGCGAGGCGGAGACGGUGGCCGCCCUGUCGGAAGACGCGGGCCCCUUCGGCAGAGGGCUCUACACGACCGCCCUCGAGCCCGCCGCGUUCGGGUCCAAGGCCGCCGUGAUCGUGAACGGGCACUGGCCCCGCGCCGCGGAUGUGGCCGCCGAGGCCCGCGCGCCGCGGGCGGGCAGCCCACCCCGCGGCCCGCUCGACCCGCAGAGCCUGGCGGCCCGCCAGGCGAUCGCGGCCGACCCGCGGCACGCCAGCAGCGCUGACGUCUGCAUCCCGGUGCUGGUGCCGAGGCGCUUCGCCUACAGCAUCUGGGAGCGCCACACUCCGGACCUGGAGGGCGCGGGGUUGGCGGUGGGCUGCAAUCGCUGGGGGGAGCGCCAGUGGCCCAGCAGGGACCUCUGGGUGGUGCAGCUGUCCAGGGAGGGCUCCGCGGCCCUGCGGGGCGCGGGCGGCCCCCGCGGCCGGCUGGACGCGGCGAGGGCGAGGCUGAAGCACCUGGAGGCCACGCUGGGGAGGAGCCACCCCUCCACCCUGGCCGCGAUGAGCAGGCUGGCCUCGGUGCUGCAGGCGCUCGGGCGGCACCAGGAGGCCGAGGUCCUCUGCCGCUUCGUCCUGGAGGAGCGCCAGGCCGCCCUCGGCCCGGCCAGCCCGGACACCCUCGCGGCGCUGGACCAGCUCGGCAUGCUGCUGCACGCCGCGGGCCACCGCGGCGAGGCGGAGCGGCUCGUGUCGGCGCGCCUCGGGCCCGCGAGCCCCCGCACGCUGGCCUCGGCGGCCCACCUCGGCGCGGUGGUGCAGGCCGCGGGGCGGGCCGAGGAGGCGGAGGCGCUGCUGGCGAGGCUCGGGCCCCGCCACCGGGACACGCUGGCGUCGCUGGACGCGCUCGCGGCGCUGCUGCAGGGCGCGGGCCGGCACACGGAGGCGCUGCCGCUGAGCCGCCGGGCCUGCGGGGAACCGGCGGAGGCCGAGGCCGCGUGGCGGCGCGCAGUGGACCACAGGACGCAGCUGCUCGGCGGGUCGCACGCUGACACGCUGGCGUCUCUGAGCAGGCUGGCCUUGCUGAUCCACCGGCGCGGCAAGCACCGCGAGGCGGAGUCGCUGCUCUACUGCGUCCUCGAGGGCAGAAGGGCCUCCCUGGGCCAGACGCACCCGCGCACCCUGGAGACGCUGGACCACCUUGGGGUGGUCCUGCAGGACGCGGGCAAGCAGGAGGAGGCGUACGCCCUGGUCUCCCAGGCGCACUUGGUGCGAGAGAGCGACCUGGGGCCUCACCACCCCGACACCCUCGGCUCGCUCCACGCCCUCGGCCUGCUGCUGGAGGCCAUGGGGAGGUGCCAGGAGGCUCAGGAGAUCCUGAAGCGCGUGCUGGAGGCGCGGGAGGAGAUCCUCGGCCUUACGCACGCCGAUACGCUGGCAUCCCUGGACAAAGUCGCGGCCAUGCUGCAGUCUGACGGGCACCACCAGGAGGCGGAGGCGCUGCUGUGGAAGCUGCUCGCGGGCCAGGAGGACGCGCGAGGCGCCAGGCACCCCGACACCCUGACCACGGCCAGCAGGCUAGGGGUGCUGCUGCAGGCGAUGGGCAGGGCGCAGAUGGCCGAGCCCGUCCACCGGCGCGCGCUGGAGGGGAGGCAGGCCGCCCUAGGGCCGGACCACCCGCAGACGCAUGCGUCCCUGGGCCAGCUGGCCACGGUGCUGCACGCCCAGGGCCGCCACCGCGAGGCCCAGCCGCUCUACCGCGCGGCGCUCCGGGGGCGGGAGGAGGGCCUGGGCCCCGAGCAUCCGCACACGAUCACCUCGGCCAGCAACCUCGCGAUGGUGCUGCAGGCCCUGGGCCACUUCGAGGAGUCCGAGCAGCUGUACCGCCGAGUGAUCGAGGCCAGGACGCGGGCCCUGGGCCGCGCCCACCGCGACACGCUCGGGUCGCUGGACAACCUCGCGGCCCUGCUGCAGGCGGCGGGCAAGGCCGCCGAGGCGGAGCCUCUGCUGCGGGACGCGCUGGAGAGCCGCAGGGCUGCGCUGGGCCCCAAGCACCGCGACUCGCUCGCCUCGCUGGACGCGCUGGCGGCGCUGCUGCAGGUCCUCGGCCGGCCCGCAGAGGCAGAGCCGCUGUGCAGGCGGGCCCUCGAAGGCAGAGCGGGCUCGCUGGGCGAGGGCCACCCGGAGACGCUGACCUCCUGCGGCCGCCUGGGGGCAGUGCUGAAGGACCUCGGGCGCUACCGCGAGGCCGAGAUCCUCGGCAGGAGGGCCCUCGCUGGCAGGGAGGCGGUGCUGGGGCCCUCGCACCAGGAGACGCUGACGUCGCUCAGCAAGCUCUCGUCGAUCUUGGAGGCGCUCGGGAUGCGCGAGGAGGCAGAGCGACUGUGCCGGAGGGCGCUGGAGGGCCGGGAGGCGAGCCUGGGCAGGGAGCACCCGAACACCCUCACGUCGCUCUGCAACCUGGGCUCGCUGCUCGCGGCGUCCGGGGCGCUCGUGGAGGCCGAGCGUCUGUGCCGCGAGGCGCUGGAAGGCCGGCGGCGGGUGCUGGGGACGGCGCACCCGGGCACGCUCUGCUCCAUGGCGGCGCUGGGGCGCGUGAUGUGCGAGGCGGGCAGGUGCGAGGAGGCCGAGGACCUGACCAGGCGGGCUAUGGAGGGCCGCGAGCGGGCCCUGGGGCCCAAGCAUCCCGACACCCUCGCGUCGGUGGACUCCCUGGCGGCGGUGUGCCAGGCGCGGGGCAGGCUGAGCGACGCAGAGGAGCUCUGCCGGCGGGCUCUGGAGGGCCGCGAGGUGGUCCUGGGGCCCCACCACCCGGACACGGCGCAGUCGUGCCACCGCCUGGUCGGUGUGCUCCGGGCGGCUGGCAGACGCGAGAGCGCGGAGGCGCUGCAGCAGGUGGCCGAGGCGAGGGCCCGGAGCCGGCAGGCCCUGCAGGCAACCGAGGCCGACGAGGCGGUCCAGGAGCUCUGCUGA